CACACUCUCCAAGUGAUGUACGGCUGUGAGCUCCGGGGUGACGGCUCCACCGGGGGGUAUUUUCAGUAUGCGUACGAGGGGCGAGACUAUAUCAGCCUGGAUAAGGACCAUGAGACCUGGGUGGUGGCAGAUGACGCAGCUCAGGUCACCAAACACAAAUGGGAGGCUGACAGGAGCAUCACUCAGAGAUACAGAGCCUACCUGGAGAGGACCUGCAUCGAGUGGCUGGGGAAGUACCUGGCGUACGGGAAGGAGACGCUGCAGAGGAGAGAGCCACCGCGGGUGCACGUGAGCGACCGGCCGAGCCGGGACGGGCUCACCACCCUCUCCUGCCGGGUCCACGGCUUCUACCCGCGGAGCGUGGCCGUCGUGUGGCUGAAGAAGGGGGUGGCCGUGCCGCAGGAGACAAUCCAAUGUGGGGUGGUUCCCAGCGGGGACGGGACUUACCAGACCCGGGCCACCAUCGAGAUCGACCCCAGCAGUGAGACCGAUUAUACCUGCUGCGUGGAGCACCCCAGCCUGGCGGAGGAUCUGAGAGUGCCCUGGGGCAAGGAGGGGACUGGCCUGGGAUGGGCAGAAGAAGUUUUUGGGAGGGUUAUGAAAUGGUUUUUUUCUUAAUUACUAUUAUUAUUAAGACUUUAUUAAUAUGACUUUAUUUUGUAUCAAAUGAACAAACAGAACUUCAUGAGUAAAGUUUUAUGAAUGAAACAGCGUUCAUUCAUAAAACCAGCUAUUGCAAUAACCGGCUAAAUGGCAAUAAAGCCGCUCGUUAAGUCC